AUGAACCGGUGCCAGAAACUAGUAUAUUUAGCCCUUAAUAAGCAACAAAGAAAUAAAAUAGAUGAACUGAAGGUGACCAAAUCAGAGCAGAUUAAGCGUAAUAUUGAAGACCCCGAUUUUACACCGAAUUCUGAUGACGAAAGCAGUAUCAGUGGAAGUGAUUCCGAAAAAUUAGCUUCAGCGUCAACUAAUAAUGAUACGGUUUGCUUGAAAUCCAGCACUUCCCGUACUGAUGCUAAGAUCAAUAUCCUCAGCAACGUACAACUAGUUGGACCAGAUCUAGUGGAACCUAGCACCAGCGAGCUGAUUCCAAAUUCUAAUAGCGAUGAACUUGUUGUGGGUCAAGUUAUUGAAAAACUUUUGACCGAUGUUGAAAAACUCUAUGCCUUCAAAAAUGAAAGUGGUCGUAGGGUGGCAGUGUGUAAAACAUUCUUUCUUACAACCCUUGGUUUUAAAAAAUCUAACGAUAAAAUGGUGAGAACAGUGUUCGGCAACUUUAAUGAAACUGUCAUUACUCCUAAACGUGAUGGCCGUGGCAAGAAUCCAAAAAAGAAGUUUGAUAGAGACGUAAUCAUUAAACAUAUUGAAUCUUUUAACCCAACAAUCGCGCAUUAUCGCCGUGAGCAUGCUCCAUUGCGUAAGUACUUGCCCAGUGACAUAACAAUUAAAUCUAUGUAUGAUGAUUUUAUUGAAAAACAUCCAUCUAUAACUUUUUCUUAUUAUCUUUAUCGAGAAGUCGUGGAUAGUCUGAACAUAUCGUUCACUAAACUUGGACACGAAGAAUGUUUCACGUGUGAAGUAUUUAUGCAUCAUUCAAAAGCGAGUGGACACAAAAAAGAAGAUAUUUCUGUAACUUGCAAAGACUGUGAAGCGUGGAACACUCACCAUACGAACUAUACAGCGGCAAGAAUGCAAUACCAAAAAGACUGCAAAGAAAACGAUGUCGUCGUUACAGUUGACUUACAAAAGGUUAUCAUGUUGCCGCGAUGUGACACUUUUAAAGAAGUGAUUUUUGUACCCCGACUUGUGGCGUACAACGAAAGUUUUAUCUCAGCUGGACCGAAAUCGAAAGUGGGCCACUUUGCUGCAGUAUGGCAUGAAGCUAUUCAAGGAAGAAAUAAAGAAGACAUAGUUAGCUCAUUUUACAAAUACUUUCUGCACAUGCGAGACGCAAAACAUGUAAUACUAUGGCUUGAUAACUGCACCGCACAGAACAAGAAUUGGUGUCUGUAUAGUUUCUUUAUAUACAUUGUUAACUGCGCCGAAGUUGCUGUACAAAAGUUGGAAGUCAAGUACUUCGAAUCAGGCCAUACUUUUAUGGCAGCCGAUUCGUUUCACCACGCAGUCGAGAACUCUUUGAGAAAAGCAGGAAAAGUCUACGAUUUUAAUGAUUACGUCACAGCUGUUAAAAAUGCAUGUAAAGGAGUUUAUGUUGAGGAAAUGGAUGAAAAUUCAUUUUUUCUGUGGGAGGAUCACACAUCUCAAUACAAACUCAAUAAGAUAACACCACGACCAUAUUUAAACGAAAUGUCUCAUGUAGUUUUUCGAAGAGGCGAUCGAACACUCUCAUAUUCACGUUUUUUUGAAGGAGAGUUCAUAAAUUUGAAUUUUUUGAACCACAAAUCCUUUAAAACAGGAAUUUCUUUACCUCUACUAAAAGGAGAACCAAGAGGCAUAUCAAAAAUAAGAAAGCAGACUAUAAUAUCUAAACUUGGAGCAAUAUUUCCUAAAACGAGGUUGGUGUUUUGGGAAAAUUUGCCAAUCGAAAAAGAACAUUCUUCCAAGAACCAAGAUGUUGACACUGAUUAA